ACUGUUUGUGUGGAUUUUCAACCAAGUUGUUCCCAUUCACUAUUGCCCUCUUUUUUGCGUAAGGGUUUGGCCAGGGUUCUUUUGUUUUAUAAAAGGACCUUCUUCCUGCCUAGAUCAGCCAUCCUUUUCUGUUCUCCAAAGUUGACUUAUCCUUAAUUUUUUCUUUUUUUUAUCUUACUUUCAAUUCUUUCCUGAUUGUUUGUAUCAGACUUUUUUCUUUCUUUCAAAUAUAAUAAAAUUUUAUUCUACUGUUUGGACUAAUCUGUUUCCUUUUCCUUUUACCUUUUUGCAGAACUCUUUAAGAAAAUUGAUUUUCGGGUCUUAUUUGAUUUUGAGUUCUUUUCAUUUCUUUCGCCUCAUUCUCUGACGUCUCUGGCUUUUUUUCUUCGUUACUAUUCCUUGCUUAUAUUAACCACUUCUUUUCUUCCGCCUAUCCCAAACCUCUUUCUGUCUCUUUCCUUUAGUUGUGCUCAAUUCACUUUUUUUUCUCCCUACGUUUCUAAAAUUUGCAUCAAUAUUUAAUUUCUCGUUGGGGACUCCAAACUUUUCUUUUUGUGAUUUUCUCUCGUGUUUCGAUGUGCGCUUAUUAUCACCUUAUGUUGGAUUGAGAACAUUGAUAAGCCUUUCUUCUUAUGCAAUUUACUUGUCGGAGCGAUGUUACGAAUUCUACUGGUGUAGCCGAUGCGCGACACCAUCAUCGACUCCAUCGAACUAACACCACCGGCACCUCAACGAUCAUCGUCUUGACAGGCAUAGAGUUGAAACACCUAAGAUUAAUGGUUAUUGGUGCUUGUUCCGUUUCGAUCGCCUUUUGUAUAUUUAUAGUUUGUUUACGAUUUUUUCGUCAAAAAAAAAAAACUUUCCGUGAUCAUAUUCAUAUUACCCUCUUUAUAGUCCUUUUAAUUCGUUCCAUAAUUCAGCUUCUUCACCCAAGUUUAUCUAUAUAUUCAGGUUAUUUUUGGAUCCCAGCGAGACGAUGUUUUACCUUAGGCUUUUUUCUUUUGGUCAUGCUUCGGAUGUCUGAUUAUUGGAUUUUGAUCAACGUAUUACAUAACUCCCUUAUCGUACUUCACCCUAGAUCUGUCGAUGCAGAUCGCGGAGGACUUUAUCGCUUUCGACAUACCGUAUAUGCCUUGUCGUUCAUCUUCCCUCUUACAGUUGGUGCUCUUGCUUUUACGAAUACAGAUAAUACGUUUGUGAAUUUCCAAACUCGAUGUUUUCUUCCGUUUCGACCCGUUCGAUUCCAGUGGGCUCUCAAUUGGACCUUUGAUUAUGUUCUUACAGGAAUCAUUUUUGCACUUCAUCUCGGUAUGUUUAUUACCAUUAGAAAAAAAAUUAAGCAGUUUCAAAAAAUCUCUCCUGAUAAUCCUGAUUCGUUUCCCAUAUAUGACCUUGAGGUCGGUCCUCAAAACCCUUCUCAAAUUUCGCUGCCACCUCUCCCUCAAAAUUACUCUUCCUCCUCCUCAACUUCCUCCUCUCUACAUUCCCCACGAAAUUCUUUUUCAAGUCAUACGUAUAGUUGUGCUCAUGAAGCAUCCUCUUUGCCUAAUCCUCAGUCCCUAUCGUCCCCGUCCGAUUCUCAUCAACAAUCCUACCGUUUUCCUAGCUUGUACAAUCGCCCCAAUCCAUCAAAAUCCUUUAUACCUGGGAAUUUAGAAAACCGACGUUCUCCAGACUCAAAUUCCCAGUCUCAAACAGAACUUAACGAAAGAAAUGAAAACAGAAUACAUAAUGAAGAAGAGUCAAUCGAUAGUGCAAUGGCUAUUUACGAUAAAGACCUGCAUGAAGAUCCGUUAACAAAACAAAGGAGUCGUAUUAUGCGUCAAUCCAAAUUUCUGUUUGCGUAUCCCGCUGUUUUCUUCUUAAUGUGGUUCCUCCCUCAGGUUCGUUAUAUCAUCACUAUAGCAAACAUUCACAGUGAAUGCGUUGGUUACUGUAAGGGAUUUGCUUAUCUAGCUGUGUUUUGUGACAAUUUUGUUGCUAUAAUUCUGACCCUUUGUGAUUUACUGUUUGCUUGUUAUCAAGGCUUUUACGUUGUUCUCAAGAAAAAGAAAUAUCUACUAGUCACGAAUUUCAUAAAAAAAAAUUUUUUUGGGAAGAACAGUUUAAUGCAUGAAAAAAGACGAUCUAAUGACUAAAAAAUUUCUCCGUUUACGACUGCAACAUUGCAGCUUUAAUAUUUCUAGUUCAUAAUAACACCGUUUGUUAUACGUAACCUCCGCUUCAUUCGUUUAACCUGGUGAAUUAUUGCAAUCGCAAAAUACUUAACAGUAACAUGGUUUCCAUUAAACAUAAUGCAAUCAGAUCUUAACUUGCAAUUUUAGUUAAAUCUAAUCGAGAAAUGUAUUGGCUUCUGAAAAUCUACUUUUGUAAUAAAUAUAUUUAGUAGGCUAUAGAAAAAAAGGAUAUUAGCAUAUGAUCAAUUGAGAAGUAAGUCUGAAAAAAGAAAAGCAAAAGUUAGAACAAUUUAAUCUCUAAUGAUAACUAUUUUAGUAAGUUAUUUACAUGCAAGCAUGCCGAACAAAAGAAAGAGUAACAUAGUCAG